AUGCAGGCCAUGGACGCGGCCGCUGUGCUCGCGGAGGAGGGCGCGGGGCUGGCGGGCUACGACUUCGAGCCGCUCCCCACUCUGCCCGAGGACGAGGAGAACGUGUCCCUGGCCGACAUCCUGUCGCUGCGGGACAGCGGCCUCAGCGAGCAGGAGGCCUGGGCCGUGUGCCUGGAGUGCAGCCUGUCCAUGCGGAGCGUCGCCCACGCGGCCAUCUUCCAGACGCUGUGCAUCACGCCCGACACGCUGGCCUUCAACACCAGCGGGAACGUGUGCUUCAUGGAGCAGCUGAGCGAUGACCCCGAGGGCGCGUUUGUUCCCCCGGAGUUCGACGUGACCGGGAACACCUUCCAGGCUCACAUCUACUCCCUGGGGGCCACGCUGAAGGCCGCCCUCGAGUAUGUGACGGAGCCCGAGCCCGAGCCCCGGCUGAGCCGAGACCUGGAGGAGCUGCUGAACCAGAUGCAGGCGGAGGACCCCAGGGACCGGCCCGACCUUGAGAGCAUCAUCGCGCUGUGUGAAGAGAAGAUGCUCUUCACGUCUUCCUGCCGCCUCUGCCGGAGCCUGUCGGCCAUCGGGAGGAGGGUGCUCUCCAUUGAGUCCUUCGGAGCAUUCCAAGAUGUCAACGAGAGCGCCUGGCGCGGGAGACCUGCCGCGGGAAGCCUGGGGCCCAGGAAGCCGCCCGGGGGCCGUGCCGCCGACCCCGAGGGCCUGCCCCCGCGCCCUGCCGGCGAAGCCCAUGGCCCCCCGGAGCCGCCCGCCAAGCCCCUCCUGUCAGCCCCGGUGAGGAACGGAGAGCGGCUGGCCAGCCUCAUCCUGGACGCCCAGCGCCCUCUGGGGGACCUGGACAGCCGCCUGAGGAAGGUGCAGACGUUCCCCAGGCUCCUGCCCGACGGCCCUGAGCCCAGCGCCCUCGGCCUGACCCUGGCCCCCUCCGGGCUCCAGCUGCCCGCCUCUGAGGUCUUCCCUCCAGACCCCAGGAGGGCCUUCCUCGACGGGAAGAGCGGCCUUUCCAGCUACACGACGCAGCCCCAGACCAGACUGUGGCCGGAGCGGGGGCCCGAGCCUCGGCAGGGAGGAGCUGCAGACGCCAGCGCAGGGCACAGGGCAGCGGGGGCGCCGGGCCGCAGCCCUGCGGAGGAAAGCCCGCCGCCCCGAUCCCGAGAGCCCGGAGACGCAGGCCGAGGGCCUUCCAGGGCCGGGGGGCCUCCGGACGGAGCGGGGGAGCCGGCGAGCGCCGCCACGGAGCAGGGCGUCUCCCUGCAGGACCUCCUGUGCCAGCUGGGCCGGCCCUUCAAGGAGUAUGAGCUCUGGGCGCUGUCCCACGCGUGUCUCACUGCCCUGCGCACACACAGCGAGCACCCAGCCUACCUGUGCCUGGACUCCGUGCUGGUGGCCGAAGACGGGGCCGUGCUCUUCAGCCCACCCCCUGCCAACGGCACUUACGACACAUUUUUUCUGGCUCCUGAGGUUGCAGAGAAGGAACUGGUGACUGAGAAGGCUUCCGUGUACUGCGUGGCCGCGGUGCUGUGGACGGCCGCCAAGUUCAGCGUCCCCCGAGACCACAAGCUGGCCCUGCCCCGCAGGCUCAAGACCCUCCUCUUGGACAUGGCCAGACGCAGUGCCCAGGAGCGGCCGUGCCCAGCUGAGGCCAUCAAGGUAUGCAGCACCUACCUCCUGCAGCGAGGCAUGGACAGCAGAAAGAUCCUGGCCCACCUGAGGGCGUUGACCUGUCAGGUUCCCCAGGAGGAAGAGACCAUCGGCCUCCAGAACGGGGUCUCCCUGGUUGAGCUGCAGCCCAGCGCGGAGCCCGCCCCAGGGCCCGGCUCAGGUGGGCCCCGGGCCCAGCCCCUCACGCUCCACUGCCCCCUCGGCCCUGGGGGUGCCCCGGGGCGUCCGGUGGCCUUGCCGUCCACUCCAGCCCUCGCCCCACCGCCGCCAGCCCCCGCGUCGCCAGCCACCACAGCAGGCCGGCCUCUGGAAGUCCCCUCCGAGACGCGCGGGGCCCGUGGGGGCAGAGGCGGGGGCUCCAUCAGGGUGUCGGCCCCGGUGCUCACCCGCAGCUCGUCCCCAGGCUCCGUUGGGGUCAGUGGCCCCACCAGGCCGGAGGCCACGCAGGGGCCCGUGCCCGCUGCACCCCCCUGCCGCGAAGGGGCCGUGCUGCUGCCGGCCGCCCUCACCUCCGCAGCCUCGCGCUUCAGGCCCAUCGUGCUGGCAUCCAAUGCAGGUGGCGCCAGGGAUGGGGCGGGCGACGGGAAGCAGGCCCCUGAGGCCCACGGAGCAGCCCCCAGCCGGACGACUCCUGAGCAGCCAGCACUGGGGCCCGGACCCCAGGGAGCAGCCCCAGAACCUCUCAGGGAGCCCGCGACGGACACGGCCCAGGGGAGCCCCUGCCCCGCACCCCCUGCCCUGGAGGGGGCCUCCCCGGCCAGGCCCGAGCCCGCCACGGCUGUCCCACCUCUGAAGCCACAGGCGCCUCCCACCGCGGAGCAGGGGCUGGACCAAGUUGCACCCAGAGCCCCAGGGUCCGAUGCAGCCGGCCUCGACGCCCGCCACCCGGCCCAGCCACUCAGGAGCAAGGCCACCGAGGGCCCAGGCCAGGAGCCUGCGGGUCCCCUGCCAGCCCCCCGGGACCCCUCCGCGGCCGAGGCCAGUCCAGACAGCCCCACACGCACUCGUGUCCCAGAGCAGGAUGCGCAGGCCCCUGAUGGUGGCCCCGAGCGGCCCCCGCCAGCAGACCGCAAGCCCUGCCCGCCCAGCGUGGACGCCUCGCCCCUCCCGAGGACAGCCUGCCCGUCGCUGCAGGAGGCCAUGCGCCUCAUCCAGGAGGAGUUUGCCUUCGACGGCUACCUGGACAACGGGCUGGAGUCUCUGAUCAUGGGGGAAUACAUUUACGCCUUGAAAGACCUCACGUACGCCACGUUCUGCGGGGCCAUCUCCGAGAAGUUCUGCGACCUCUACUGGGGGGAGAAGCUGCUGCAGAGCCUCUUCAGGGUGGUGAACGGGAGGACGUCCCCCUCCCACAAAGCUCCCGAGGAGGAGGCCGGGUCACAGGCUGAGGCCGGCGAGGCCGGCGGGCCACAUGGCUGCUCGCUGUCCAGCAAAAGGCCGUCGCUGCGCGGAGCGGGGAAGGACAAACUGACCGCGGGGCGCAUGAGCCGAGCCCCCUGCCCGCCCCCAUCGCUGGCCGACGUGGACGCCGACGAGCUGUCACGGGGUAACUUCGAGGUGGGAUUCCGGCCUCAGAAGUCGGUCAAAGCCGAGCGGGAGCGGCAGCAGGAGGCGGGAGAGCACGGGCAGCCGGGCGGGGGCCCGGGCCCCGAGGUGGUGACCCGGCUGGCCAGGCCCAAGGACGCCGGGCUGGCCGAGCUCCAGAGCUGCAGCCCCGGCUGGUGCAGCGCCUUCUACGAGGCCGACUGCUUCGGCGCCGACGUCUACAGCUACGUGAGGGAGCUGGCGAGGCAGAAGGCUGGCGGGGCCGGCGACGCGGACGCCCAGGGCCCGGAGCUGGAGCAGCAGCUCCUGAUAGAGAAGAGGAAUUACCGGAAGACUCUGAAGUUCUACCAGAAGCUCCUUCAGAAGGAGAAGCGCAGUAAAGGUUCCGAGGUGAAGACCAUGUUGUCCAAACUGAGAGGCCAACUGGAAGAAAUGAAGUGCAAAGUGCAGUUCCUGGGACUGGUCAAGAAGUAUCUGCAGGUCAUGUAUGCCGAGCGGUGGGGCCUGGAGCCCUGCGCGCUGCCGGUGAUCGUGAACAUCUCCGCGGCCCACUGCGACACGCUGGACUUCAGCCCUCUGGACGAGUCCUCGUCCCUCAUCUUCUACAACGUCAGCAAGCACCCCCGCGGUGGCAAGCAGAGGAAGGCCCGCGUCCUGCAGGCCGGCACGCCGCUGGGGCUCAUGGCAUACCUCUACUCCAGCGACGCCUUCCUGGAGGGCUACGUGCAGCAGUUCCUGUACACCUUCCGGUACUUCUGCACGCCCCACGACUUCCUGCACUUCCUGCUGGACCGCAUCAACAGCACCCUGUCCAGGGCCCACCAGGACCCCAGCUCAACCUUCACCAAGAUCUACAAGCGAAGCUUCUGCCUGCUGCAGGCCUGGCUGGAGGACUGCUACGCCGUGGACUUCACCCGCAACAGCGGGCUCCUGGGCAGCCUCGAGGACUUCAUCUCCUCCAAGAUCCUGCCCCUGGACGGCUCCGCGGAGCACCUGCUGGGCCUCCUGGAGGUGGGCGCGGAGCGGCGGGCCGAGGGCCCCUCACGGGGCGCGGACCUGGAGCACCCCAAGGAAGCCGAGGAGGACGCCAGGCCUCUCAACGCGCUCUGUAAGAGGCUCUCGGAAGACGGCGUCUCCCGGAAGAGCUUCCCCUGGAGGCUGUCCCGGGGCAACGGGCUGGCGCUGCCGCACAAGGAGCGUCAGUACAGCAUCGCGUCGGCGCUGCCCAAGCCCUGCUUCCUCGAGGACCUGUACGGGCCGUACGCCAGGGCCGGCGAGAAGGGGCCCUGCUUCCUGACCGAGUACAGCACCCAGCAGCUCUGCAGCCAGCUGACGCUCCUGCAGCAGGAGCUGUUCCAAAAGUGCCAUCCCGUCCACUUCCUAAACUCCCGGGCCCUGGGCGUCAUGGACAAGAGUGUGGCCAUCCCCAAGGCCAGCUCCUGCGAGUCCCUGUCAGCCAAAACCUGCAGCCUGUUUCUGCCCAAUUACGUGCAGGACAAGUACCUCCUACAGCUCUUGCGGAGCGCGGACGACGUCAGCACCUGGGUGGCCGCCGAGAUCGUGACCAGCCACACCUCCAAGCUGCAGGUGACUCUGCUCUCCAAGUUCCUGCUGAUCGCCAAGUCCUGCUACGAGCAAAGGAACUUCGCGACGGCCAUGCAGAUCCUGGGGGGCCUGGAGCACCUCGCCGUCAGGCAGUCCCCCGCCUGGAGGGUUCUACCCGCGAAGACAGCGGAGGUCAUGGAGGAGCUGAAAGCCGUGGAGGUCUUCCUGAAGAGCGACAGCCUGUGUCUGAUGGAAGGCCGCCGCUUCCGCGCCCAGCCCACGCUGCCCUCGGCCCGCCUCCUGGCCAUGCACGUCCAGCAGCUGGAGACCGGGGGCUUCACCAUGACCAACGGCGCCCACAGGUGGAGCAAGCUCAGGAACAUCGCCAAGGUGGUGAGCCAGGUGCACGCGUUCCAGGAGAACCCCUACACGUUCGCCCCCGACCCCAAGCUGCAGUCCUACCUCAAGCAGAGGAUCGCCCGCUUCAGCGGGGCCGACGUCUCCGUGUUAGCGGCCGACAGCAGGGCCGCCCUCCACCACAUGAGCAGCGAGAAGCACUCGCGGAAGAUCCAGGACAAGCUGCGCAGAAUGAAGGCCACGUUUCAGUAG